GCCAAAUCUAUUUUUGACAAUUCUUUGUUUCUUUCCGUUUAUUUUCCCAGCUCGCAGCUGUUUUGCUAUCACAGUAGCUAUUCUUCCGUUCUACUUUUUGCGGUCGCCCUCAGCGCACAACCGACACCGCCGUUUGUCCUUGAUCUUCCUUUUUUUUUGUUGGCGGGUACUGGCGCAACCCAGCAUCCCCACAACAAAGGGAUAUCGCCCCAAAACACCGUUCCCUUUUUUCCCCCCCAGCUCACCCCUACACACACACACACGCACCCUUUUCACUCUGUCCACCCGUGCAACAAACCUUCCCCGGGGGUGCCCGGAGAGUGCCACACUGCUACUAAAUGUCGAACAGCACUCCUUCGCCUCCUCGAGCGCCACCGCCACCACCACCACCGUCUCCUGCGCCGCCACAGCCCACCCUGCCCAAGACGCCCCUGUCCGAACUCAACCUGGAUGUGCUCAAUAACAGCAACAACCGUAUCGGUAAACCGUACCAUAAUGUGAUUCUUUCGUCCGGUGAAUGUGUCUGGGCGAUGCAGUACCCCGAGAUACAGAAGGCCUGCUUUCUGAACCGCGUCUGCCAGUACGCGCCGCCACGCGAACUGCGCCUACAGAACGUGGAACCGAUACUGCAAAAUGGACCCACCUGUGGAUUGACCGCGCUGAGCAUGAUCUUCGAUGGGGCACCGUCGGCAACGGCACUGUUGGAGCUGGCCGUUGCACGCGGGUACUCGAACAAUGGCGAAAUGUUUAGUGCCCGCCAGCUGAACGAACUGUUCGAACAGGUGCUGGAGGAAAACCGUCAUCUGGUCGAGUAUAAGCCCGUCACCCACACGCUGGUCGGUGGUUGGAUGGAUGAUCCGAACAUUCAAAUCAAGCUGCGCCUCGGAGCCAUGUUUCUUGUACCUUACGAUCCGGACAAGACCCAUACGCCCUGCCUUAACAAAGGACACCGUGCCCAUUGGGCACUCGUUGUCGGGUAUCUUAUCGAUCAGUUUGGCGACUUCUACGUGUUUGCACGACAUGGAAAAACGAAAAACCUCGCCUUAUGGUCACUGCGGGACCUUUCCCGAAGCAAUGGGAAUCUAGUCGAAUUCUGCCAACCGGUAGGACAUCCUAACGAAACCUUCAUCCUGCCCGAGGGUGGCAUGGGUGGAUGCAACGGAUUGCGGUGUAAAUUCAUCAUGAUCGAACAUUAUAAGGCUAAAAACGAAAUCGUACUUUGACGCAACCGGAUGAAAGCGAACGAAGCAAAGCCCGCCGUCUGUCCGCAUAAAUCAUGUGGAAUUUUGCCACAUCCAGCUACAUCCUUCUUGGCUUGUUUUCCGUUAUAUCCCGGGCAUACAGCUCCGUAUGGUCCAAUAUUCUUCCCACAUUAGCUAAAAGAUAUUUAUUUACGUUCACCGGAGAGAUGCAACUAUUUAUUGAACUUUAUUUAUCUUUAUUUUACUCAUAGCUUUAUUUUCGGGUUUCCGUUUUUUGGCUAUAUAUAUAUAUAUAUAUUUAUGUAUAUGUAUAUAAUUUAUUUUAAAACAUGCAUAAAACAGUAUUGAGAUAUUUGUUGCCCUUCUUUUUCCACCUUUCUCUUUCUCUCUCUUUUUCUGUCUCACUGCUUUGUGUUUCUGAUUUAUUAUCCUUCCAUCGGGCGUAUUAUUUCGAACCGAUCGAAUUUGCGCUACCGUUCAGGAAUCCUUCUUGCACGUUUCACACCACCCACUAACAAUCAGCAAAUAGAAGAAAUGUGUGCAAAAAACUUACACACAUCUCUCUGACCGGACGUUCGCCUGUCCCCUGAAGAUGAUGUCUAUCUAUUAUUGGCCCGGAGUGUGUAAAGGAUUCUUUCAAAUUUGCCUAUCCUUGCAAACACGCCAGCAAAUGUUGUUGUUUUUGUUUUACUGUAUUUAGUUUUCGCUAGUUUCACAUUUAUUGCGCUUAUUGUUUUCCGUUUCCAUUCACGGUAAUGGGUUGGGACGCGGGGGAGAAGGGGACAAGGGGGCGAUUAUGAUUUGAGUAAGUUUAGCGGUUUAAUGGGUAUGUGUGAUUAAUAUGUUAGCGAUGUUCUUUUUUCUCCUUCGUUUGAUGGUUGCUUUAUUACGUGUAUAUGAUGCUUGCCAUUCGGGUAUGGAGUUUACAUAUUGAUUCAAUGCCAUGCCAAUAUAUAGAUAAGUGUGCGUGUGUGUGUGCUUGAUGUGUGAUGCAUUCAGGGAUAAACUAAUAACACUCGCAAAACACGAUGGACAGAGAAACCCUAUUAGGAGAGAACGAGCUGUAUGUAGAAUGCUUUUAUACCAGGGAAGAAACAAAAAACGCACAUAUCCUUUUGAUAUACAGAGAAUGUAGUGGUUUAUAAACGAUUUUUAAUACAUGAUAUUGAUCGGAUGAAAAUAAAAGGAUUCUUACAACUCAA